AUGCGUUUGAAUGAGACAACAAUCUCAACAACUUCGUUGUUGCUUGUUCAUUUAAUUACUGCAUUUAAAGAUGCCCAACAUGAACGAACAACUGUAUUAAAAAAAGUUCACGCAAGACAACCGUUUAAUAUUGUUUUUGUUCAAAUGCAUAAUCAAUUUUACUAUCGGAUAGUACUUCGAGGAGUAUUUAAACCUUUAGAAUAUAUUUAUAUACAACUACAACAAAAACAACGUUGUUACUCUAUUAAAGAUCUUUUCAAUGAUACUUUUUCAUCAUAUGCAUAUUUAACACAAACAAAAUAUUAUCCAUUAGUAUGUAGACAAAAUUUACAAAUCAUGUGUUUUUACGACCAAAAUUUGACGUGCAUAUGUGAUAAUGAUCGAUUUUCCAAUUGUUUUCCAUUUAAUCAUACAUCAAGCAACGAUUGCCAAGGAUACAAUCAAUGUAAAAAUAAUGGUCAAUGCUUUCAAAAUAAUGAAACAUGUUCAACAAAAACAAUAUGCAUUUGUCCAGAUUGUUAUUAUGGCAGUCAAUGUCAAUUUUCAACAGAAAGUUUUAUAUUUUCACUUGAUGCAAUUCUUGGAUAUCAUAUUAAGCCAAUGGUACCACUUGUUCGACAACCAAUAAUUAUCAAAAUAAGUGUUGCUAUUAUACUAAUUAUGUUGAUUUUUGGAUUUAUCAGUGGAAUGUUAUCAAUUGUAACAUUUUGUAGGAAGAAACCAAGAGAAGUUGGUACUGGUUAUUAUCGUUUACUGUCAUCAAUUGCUGCAAUUCUUACAUUAGUUACACUAACAAUCAAAUUUUGGCUAUUGAUCUUUUCACACAUGUCUGUUAUAAACAAUCGAUCACUGCUUGAUUUCAAUUGUAUUGUUGUCGAUGUUACUCUUAAAAUACUUUUAUCGUCAAAUGAAUGGCUCAAUUCAUGUGUAGCAGUUGAACGAAUGAUCAGUACUAUUAAAGGUGUUCAUUUUCAAAAAAGUAAAAGUAAACAAUUCUCGAAAUGGGCCAUUUUAACUGUAAUUAUUUUAAUCAUAAUUUCAUAUAUUCAUGAUCCUAUUCAUCGUCAAUUAAUCGAUGAUAUUGAUAUAGAUGAGCAUCGUGUUUGGUGUUUCCUUCAAUAUUCAUUUAUUAUCCGUCUUCAUUUUCUAACUUCGUUUUCAAUAAAUGUUACAUCUGCUCUGUGGAUUAUCAUAGCAUUAGCUUCUAACCGUACCGAUGUACAAACUGAUCAAUCAUUUAACCAACAUUUACGUAACCAUAUAGUAAAACAUUGA